AUGAAUGAAAAGAAACAUCCAGAAUUGGAACGCAUCGCAGACCCUGCUGCAUACGAAUACCAGCUUCCUUCGAAGAGAAUCAACGAUGGCGACGAUCUCACUUUCUUCUUCGCCUCGACUGCUUACAGGGACUUGCUGUCAUGGCUGCUUCAGCUCACGCGAGCCAUGUUUCCUGAGCAAACUGACGAGGGGAAGGUGUUGUCAUGUACACUGGACAAGCCGCCGCACUAUUCGAAGCAAGUCCUGGCGCUUCAAUCUCUGCUACAUGAUCUCCUCGGCCUGAUCGACCAAGCUCCGCCUGACACAGGAGCCCGGAGAUUUGGCAACAUAUCUUUUCGCAAAUGGUUCCAACUUGCCGAACAGAAGGCUCCCAUCCUGUUACAAUCAUAUCUGGGAACGUUCUUACCAACUCUAUCCGGAACGAAGCCGGAACACACGAGUCUGCUGGACGAGCUGAAGGUGUAUCUCCUCGGAAGCUUUGGCAGCUCGCAGCGACUCGAUUAUGGCACGGGACAUGAAUUGAGCUUUCUCGCAUUCUUGGCCUGUCUCUGGAAAGUUAAUGUCUUUGAUGCAGGAGAGGAGCAGGCUAUCGUCAUCGGUAUUGUCCAGCCAUACCUAGCACUGAUGCGCAAGCUCAUAUUGACCUACACACUGGAGCCGGCUGGAUCGCAUGGAGUAUGGGGCCUCGAUGAUCAUAGUUUUGUUCCAUAUAUCUUUGGGUCUGCCCAGCUUGGCCCGCCUAUCAAAUGUAGCGACGUGGCCUCGCCCCUGCCAACAGAAGGCUCUCUCCCAGAAGCACCAUCCCCAGCUUCCGUGGCCAAUAAGGCUGUCGUAGCAGAUUAUCGAGACAUCAACAUGUACUUCUCCGCCAUACAAUUCAUCUACGACGUCAAGACAGGGCCUUUCUGGGAGCACUCCCCGGUUCUCUACGACAUUAGCGGUAUCAAGGAUGGCUGGGGCAAGAUCAACAAAGGGAUGCUCAAGAUGUAUGCUGCCGAAGUGCUGGGCAAAUUUCCUGUGGUUCAGCAUUUUCCUUUUGGUAGUCUGUUCUCAUGGCAGAGGGAUCCACGAGCAGCGGAGACCACGGCAACCUUUCACGCGCAGCAGCAGCCUCCGCAGAGCAAGGAUGUACCGCCAGUGGCUUCAAUUCCAUCAGGUACUGCCGCGCCUUGGUCUCACAUAGGCAACACAACCCUGCCCCAGAUGCAAGCAAGCACUGGAAUGCCAAGCACGAGAGCGCCACAUAUGUCAACGACAGCACCGCGCAUGGCCGCACCGAGGAUGAUGGCUGUGGCAUCUGCCCGAAUGGGUGCUUCCAAUAGUAGUUCGGAUACUUCGGCAUCUACGGCUGCUCCCUGGGCAUCAAACGGCCAGCCUGGUAUUAGCGGUGUGCGGGCCAUGCCGUCAACAGCGGCACCAUGGGCGAAGAAAGACUCUGGAAGCUGA